AUGAUAGUCUCGAAGAGCUUGACGAAAUCAGUUGUGGACUUCGUCCCCCACACCGAUCGCACCGCCAUGAUACGAAUUAAAGCUAGACCGGUUAACUUAAAUAUAAUCCAGGUAUAUGCACCAACAACGGACGCAGCAGACCAAGAUUUAGAACAGUUUUACAGUGAUGUAAAGGAUCUUCUAAAAUUAACCAAGAAACACGAAGUAAAUAUAAUUAUGCGUGACCUAAAUGCUAAACUUGGAAAAGGUAGAUACGAAAACAUCAUUGGUCCAUUUGGUCUGGGUACAAGAAAUGAAAGGGGCGACCGUUUGCUGCAAUUCUGUCAGGAAAAAAGCAUGGCAGUCGCUAAUACCUGGUUCCAGCAUCACCCUCGCCGCCUGUAUACCUGGAAAUCACCGAGAGACCAGACGGAAAGCGUAGUCCGUAACCAGAUAGACUACAUCCUCAUAAACUCAAGAUUUAUGUCUUCUAUAAAAGCGGCGUGCACAUAUCCUGGCGCUGAUAUAUAUAGCGAUCAUAUACUACUGAUGGACGUACUGAGAAUAUCGCUUUCGAAACCUAAGAAAGAAACAUCAAGACGUCUAAUGGCACUGGAUAAACUACAUGAUCCAACCGUCAAAAACAAUCUAACUAACCAGUUAAAUUCGCAGAUACAGAGACUGUCUCACAAAAUCGAAGGAGAUGACGUGACACAAUCAUCGAAAGAAAUAGCAAAUGUCCUAAAAACCACCUCACAGACUGUUCUAGGAUAUAGAUCUAACAAUAAAAAGCAAAAGUGGAUCACCAAUGAAAUUUUGCUUCUCAUGGAUGAACGUAGAAAAGCCAAAAAUAACAAGGACAAGUACAGAGAUCUACAGAGACAGAUAAGGUCGAAAAUCAGGAUUGCGAAAAACGAAUGGCUCAAAAAAGAGUGCAGGGAAAUAGAACAACUACAACACAAACAUGAUGAUUUUAAUCUCCAUAAAAAACUUAAAGAAACCGCUGGGGUAUUCAACGAGAAUAAUCAGAUAGUUCUAAAUGAUAACGAAAAACGCCAAAUAUGGGAGGAGUAUGUAGAAAAACUCUUUAGUGAUAAUAGACCGGACAAUGAACUCACGGUCGAAAAUAAUCUAACUGGACCUUCUAUUACGAAAGAAGAGAUUGAAAAGGCUAUACAACUUGCGAAGACUAAUAAAGCAGCUGGGCCGGAUGAGAUCCCAUCAGAAAUACUCAACAGUUGGUUAGUAUGGUAG